GGUCGAUUAUGGAGAUUGGCUUCAUUCCUUCUUCCAUUCUUAGGUAUAAAGCAAAUACAUGCUUUAAAGUUAAGUCAUGGCUUCGCCCGUGCGAUUCUAUGUUUGAUCUGUCAGCACUUAACAGAAUUACAGUUGAAGACAUUGGAGGACCUGAUUGCACUAAGGAAGGCACUCACCAGUGCGAUUGAGAAUGGCAGUUAUGAAUUUUUAAUUGAAAUGGUCAAAACUAAUGCAGACUUGCUUGAUGCUGCACCGCUGCUGGCGAAUGAUGAGACUAUAAGUAGAAACUUUCUCAUGGAUGCUAUUGAAUUUCGUCAGGAGAAAAUUGCUCGCUUUCUUAUUGGACUCCCCCCUGGCAAUGUAUUUAUCAAUUUACCGGAUUAUUCAGGGGAGAACAAUAUAUUACAUGUGGCAGGUAGUUUGGCUUCUGAUUCUCAACUUUCUCACAUUUCUGGUGCUGCUCUACAGAUGCAAAGAGAGAUACAAUGGUUCAAGGAAGUAGAAAGCCUGGUUAAGCAGCGUUAUAAAGAUGCCAAAAACAACAAUGGUGAAACUGCUUACCAAGUUUUGGCUAGAGAGCACAAGGUCUUGCUUAAGGAAGCAGAGGAUUGGAUGAAAGGAUUAGCAAAUUCAUAUAUAAUUGUUGGUGCUCUCAUCAUUACCAUAAUGUUCGCUGCAGCUUUUACCCUUCCUGGGGGUAACGAUCAAAAUAAGGGAUUUCCAAUAUUCAAAAACAAAACAGCAUUUUUGGUAUACAUAAUAUCCGAUGCAAUCUCGCUGUUUGCUGCAGCUGCCUCAGUAAUAAUAUUUUUGGGAUUUC